GGACCAUACACUGUCAUACGCCAUCCAUCAUAUACAGCAGGUAUUAUACAUCUCAUUGGCAUUUUAAUCCUGCACGGAUCGCCCACUUCAUGGCUUAGACACUCCGGAAUUUUAGAUGUUCCUGGACUCAAAUUGGUUGUGGUGGCAUGGCUGGCGCAGAUGUCACUUAUUGCGAUAAACAUCGUGCGCAGGAUCAGCCAAGAGGAUGAAGCACUAAAAUCAGCUUUCGGAGACGAGUGGGAGAGGUGGGCGAAGGUAGUUAGGUACCGACUGGUACCUGGGGUCUACUGA